AUGCCGCUGAAGAGAUCUCGUGGUACGGAGUCUGUGGAAGAGGAGGGACGAGAUGUGGCUGAGUGUUCCCGAGUUGUAUCAAAGAUAGGAUCGAGCGCUACGGUUACUGAUGAUGGCCUUGUAGGGAUAGCCGUUAUGCCUGAGCGGAUUAUCCGGGAGGAUGUACAGAUAGGGGAUGGGAUAAUGAUCAAUAGUCAGGAUGAUUGUGUGAUCAUGGCAGUGAGGACGGUGGAGCAGAAGCUGGCCCUGAAGGAACAUGAGAUCGUGAUGGUCUAUGAUUAUGUGAGUGAUUCCUCGGGCAGUCCUACCAUGCCAUCCUUUACUCUUACCUCGUAUUCACCGAUAUCCUAUGAGUCAGACCCGGAGGAAUAUGAGGAUUCACUGAUUUCUCCAUACAUCCCGGAGGCUGUCCUUCGUUCUCCUGAUAGCCCUUUUGCACUGUUAUGGAGGGCUAACACUAUUUCGAUAGUUGGUGACGGCACCAGAGAUGAUGCUCAGAUUCUUGCACCAAUCCGUACUCCCCCGUCUCACGCAGCUGGUCCAUCAUCCCCAGCGAUUCCCGACACCGAUGAUGAUCUUUUUCUUGGUUGUACCUGA